CUCUACUCCUAAUGUGUGAGUUGGUGAAUAGAAUCCAGUUUAUUUUCGUCCCACCACUUUCAUUCGUUUUAUUUCGCUGGGUUUUUUUCGUCUCCCUUCACACCACACCGCUUCCUCUCGCACAUAGAAAAAAACCAGGAACUGAGCCCCGUCCCAUGAAACGAAAUCAGAGGAACGAGGCCCCCUCGACUCCUCUCUUGAUCUAUUUCCUAUGGUGUGAAUGCCGCCGCCGCCGCUGCAGAAUCCUCCUCCUCCGCCCCUGCUGCAGAAUCUUCCUCCGCCGCCGCCUCAGAAUCCUCGGCCGUCUUGCUCCUCCACCCCCAGCGCCGACGCGGCCUCCGAGACCUCCGCCGCCAUUGCAGAACCCCACAUUAGGGUUGGACCUUGUGGGACGCCAUCUUCGCCGUCGUCGCGGAAUCCUAGGGCAGGGCAUGGUCGCGUUGCGGGCAGCGAGGAGCAGCACAAGGCUGUGCCAGAUGUUCCCUACAUCAAGGAGAACACGGAACGACAUCAGCAUAAGGUCAAUAUGUUUAUGUCGAGGACAUCUACUCCUGUUGUGCUGCCGCCGCCGCCUCGAACUUUUGGCUCCUGCCGCUUCUGCCGCCGCCUUGCACCAGUGGAUCCUUCUCUUCCUUGCCAGGCUAGAGCUUCUCUUCUUUGCCAGUCCAGAUUUUCUUCCCCUCCAGCAUAUAAGUAGACCUAGUAACUUACUACCUUGAGUCCUCGAACCUCUCUUUCAUGAUUUUGUGUUCUUCUUCUUGAUUGUGCGUUUCUCAACACCUUCACCAAGUAGUACUGCAACAUGCUAAUGUGUGUGAUGAAUGAAUUUUGUGCAACAAGUAGCAGGGUAGAAGGCCACGAUGUGAGAUAUUCACAAUGUAUACUAAAAUAUGUGUGUGCAAUGUACAUGAUGUGUACAACUGUAUGUGAGAUUACUACCAUAUCUAGAUCCGAAUUACAGGAGAUUGGCAACACUUAUAUAUUCAAUGUACAUGCUCCGAACUAGAGUUGAUUAUUACCACUUUUUGUAAGCAUCCUUAUACGUUUGUAUAGUAUGUCCAAGAAGUUGUUAUGUUAAAAUAAAAGGGGGUGCUUAUUAUUCAGUUAAGAAGAUGUCUAAACCCUCAUUUUCUAUGUGAUAGGUGAGCGUAUAUCAUAUGAACAUCAGACUAGGAGAAGAAUAUGGAGUGUUGCCGGAAUAGAUUUUUUCGGAUGUGGGAUGCUGCCACAAGUAUCUAAGAAGUGGGACGACCAUGAGUUGCAUGGGACAAUAAACUCAAACAUGAUUGUUUGUGCAUUCAGCGGAACAAUGAACUUAGACAUAUAAAUAUUGAUCAAUCAAAUGUUUACGACCAUGCCCAUGUGGAUCGUAGUAGAGACAUCAUCUAUCACCAUGAAUUGUCAUAUAUUCUUUGAUGUUACAUGAAAUAUGAGUUGUCCUAUUUUUUAAAGAGUUCAUUAGUUGGGUUUGACCAUCAGACUAUAAAUACAUUAUAAAUAGUCUUCCAAAAUUUAUAUUUUCUCACGUAUCGUAUGUCCAUUGAGUUUUUGUAUACGUUAGUAUCUUAACAUAAAUCUUUGUGAUUAAAAAUGCAGCUUAUUCAUUUGAAUGGUGCGAGCAAUAUAUUUGGAUUGGGAAAGUGCGAAGCAGAAGCAACCAUCUUAUAUGUCAAAUAGGAAGCAAGAGGCUUGCAAAAAUCCUUUAAAAUUGAUUUGACUGCAGCUCCUAGCAAAGAACCUUUCCUCCAAAAUUUCUGCGAAGAGCUACAAUUUGAUCCUAAACUUACUAGCAAGAUGCAUGAAGGUACCACCCUAAGACUUGCUUUUUUUAAGGCAUCAUUUGUUUUACAACAUUGUUCUAUAUCAGCUAAAAUAUUUGCUCCUGCUAGCUAGACACGUACCAUAUUAGCUACAGAUUGAAGGUUACAAUCCUUUUAUUUUUAUAUAAUCCUCCAUUUAUUUGUAUCAUUAAUUUUCUGUCCAUCUAUCUUUUGCGCAGAUGUUUUAAUCUGUCUUUGAGAUUGUAACACCAUGAAAGCAUUUUGUUGUUGUUGUGACCACUGACCAAUAUAUGUAUAUAGUAGGCUCACUCAGAAAUUGAUUUACGUGGCCUGAAAAAGGUCCACGUCAUUUAUUCACAUUUGGUAAAAUUUUAGUAAAUAAUAGUGUAUCUACGUCAAUUUGAGGGAUGUAGGGAUUUCGCCCUGGCCUCAGCUUGCUGUUGAGGAUAGGUGUGUGGUCUUUCGACCAUUUGGAAAAGAAAUAUGAGUGUUAUAAAGAGAAGAAGAGCAAUCAGCUAUAUGCAAAACUUCACACCAAAUUAUUCCCUGGAUGGUCUCUAUUUUACUUUUCAUUUACUGAGAAAUUAUAUAAUUCGAGUGUAAGAUGUUACAUGUGUUAAUUUGAGGUGAAUGUUAAAUGAUGGCGUGACUUUCUUUUGUAUCAAGAAAUAUUAA